AUGGCAGAUAAGCCGGACGUGGGGGAAAUCGCCAGCUUCGGUAAGGCCAAGCUGAAGAAAACCGAGAUGCAGGAGAGGAACACCCUGCCGACCAAAGAGAUCAUUGAACAGGAAAAGAGGAGUGAAAUCUCCUAA